AAAAGCGCGGUUUCAAAACAGUAGCGCGGAGUAAGAAAAAAAGAAAAAAAGAAAAAAAUUAAGCGCUUUAGUCAAACACGAAGCUGUUAUUUCUCUCCGUCCCACUCCCUCUCCCUCGCCCUCUCCCUCGCCCUCGUCGCUGCAAAUACACAGACCGACCGACUGCCUCCUUCGGCUGGAGAUCGAAACUGCCGUCAAAUUCAAAGCCCUCAAAAAGAGGGGCAAAUGUUUUGUGGAAGGGACUGAGGAACAGGGCAAAGGUUUUGGAAUCUGCACUAGAUGAUGCUAAUAGUAGAGGAUCCGACAUUGAAGAAUCGUGCAAGGCAAGUGAUGUAGAGAAGAUGAGAGCUGCAACUGCGAUUAAUAAAAUCUUGUCCAGAGUUAAUGGCCAUCCUAGCUAGUUUGUGGGAAGAGAUCCAGCUUAUCAGGGAACUGAUCUGCACUUGCCAGACAUGAGCAAGGAGUUUAUGCAAGUGAUGCCUUCUUCAAAUUGACAGGUAACAUGUACAAUGUUAGCUACUUGCCAGGAUUUCUCUAAACCCUUCUAAACUCCUUGUUGUUUGCAAAUCUUUUGAAUAAUCCAACAUAUGUAGUUGUUACACAACUCAUAUGUAGAUGUGUACAAUCUUGGCAGAGCUGUAACCAUGCGUUUUGUGUUGCACAAGUAAUCCUGUUCUCAAGAGUGGUUCAGUUUACUGCUGCAAACUUUCAUCGUGUAUUGUUGACAAAUUGGUUAGGCUUUCAUGGUUUAUCGUAACACUAUGGUGUUAUUGCAGCCCUUCCGCAUUUUCUAAUUUUUAACAGCUUGUUGUAUCAAAGUGUCUUCUAUUGAAUGUGUUUUCUUCAUGCCAAGGAUGCUUUUUUGCUAUCGGUUCUUUAUACGAUUCUCUCUCCUCUCAGAAACCCGGACCCAAACCCAGUUGCCGAUACCCAGAUCAUUGUGCGUGUGCUUGAAAUUAAUGUAGUUGCACUUGCUUAUGAGGCUGGUGAUGGUGAAUUUUAUCUCAAGUAUAUCGUAUGAAUUAUCCCUCUGUUAUGUUUUCUCAUGGAUUCCUAACUUGUGUUACUCUACCAUUCAGCUAAUGACAAGAAUAUAUUGUAUAUUUUGUCCCUCCAUUGUGCACAACACUCUGAGCAAGGAGCUUUGUACUGAUGCCAAUGAUUAGCCAAAAAAGGAAACGACCUCUUAUGUCAACAAGACUCCUGCCUCUGCCAUCCCAGUUACGAUCUACAUUUGCUAUUAGAGUUGCUCCUCCUACUUUUUGUCAAGAGAUUAAAUAAAUUAUAGGCUAAAGAAUGAAUUUUUGGUUAAUAUUUCGGCGAAAGAUAUAAACAUACCUUGUUACACUUUAAUAAAAAAGGAAAACUAAAGAAAAAUCCUUAAAAAUAUCCUGUUAUAUUAUGGCUGGGAUCUUCCCGCUCAUAUAUAAUGUAUAUGAAUCAAAUAAAUGAACGGUUUAUCAUGAAUCUGUUACUUGGUACCAACACCGUCCCUUUGUUUCAUAUUGUUGCUCAUUUUUUGUUUUAUUGCAUUCUCAUUUGCCAAAGAUUGGGCAUAUCAUUUUGUCAAGAUAUUAUCUUUUAUUUCAUUUGUCAGUACGACAAUCACUAUUAUAGUGUUAUGCAGUAUUACUAAUUCAUGUCAUCAAUUUUAAGUCACUGCACCGAAUUCGAAAGUGACCAUUCCACCACACACUAGGUGAGCAAAUCUCUCUACUAAUUUUUUUUUUCCACAUGCAAAUAUAAACGCGUCUUUCAUUUGUCAAAGCUAGACUUGGACAAUGUAAUGAGACAAAUAAUACCUUUGAAUUUUCAACUUUUAGAGACAUCCACCACUAUUGACAAUCUGACAUUGACUCACUGAAUGAGGACAGCAAACUUAAAUGCAUUUUUUUGGAGAUGCUCAUAGCAUGAAAUUACAUGCUAUCACAGCCAACGGAUUAUGGAGUGUUGGAUGCUCCUUGUACUUGUAUUAAUUUAUGUAAUCAACAAUUAAUUAACCCAGUUUAGAGCUUCAAAUCUACAGUUUCUAAGUCUAUAUAAAUGUAGACUCCAUUUUCUUGAAGUCAUGAAUUGCAAAGCUUGAAAAGUUUCCCAAAAAAAUUUGCAACAUGGCCAAGAAAGCUAGCUGCAGAAGCUACCUUUUUGCUCCGUUCUUCUUGUUCUUAUUUUCUAAGACUACUUUCCUGGCCAUGUCACAAAACAAUAAGACUACCCCAUUUCAUGUGGGUCUGGUUCUUGACUUUGAUGCCUGGUAUGGGAAGAUGCAGCUGAGCUGCAUCGAAAUCGCCCUAUCCGAUUUCUAUGCCUCUAACUCUAACUACAAAACCAGGCUUGUUCUGCACAAAAGGAACUCCCCUUUAGAUGUUGUUGUCACAGCUUCUGCAGCUCUAGACCUGAUAAAGAAUGUUCAAGUGCAAGCAAUCAUAGGGCCUGCAUCAUCAAUGCAGGCCAACUUCCUAAUCAACCUUGGACAGAAAGCCCAAGUCCCCAUAAUCUCUUACUCAGCAACAAGCCCAUCUCUCACUUCAAUCAGAAGUACAUAUUUCAUAAGAGCCGCACAAAAUGAUUCAUCCCAAGUGAAAGCCAUUAGUGCUAUCAUCCAAGCAUUUGGCUGGAGAGAAGUUGUGCCUAUCUACGUCCAAAACGAGUAUGGGGAAGGAGUCAUACCUUACCUCUCUGAUGCCUUGCAAGAAGUUGAUGCUCGAAUCCCCUACCGGACUGUCAUUUCUCCAACUGCUACUGAUGACCAAAUUGCUACUGAGCUUUACAAGUUAAAGGGAAUGCAAACUCAGGUCUUCAUUGUGCACAUGUUACCAUCUCUCGGUUUGCGAAUUUUCAACAAGGCAAAAGAGAUCGGCAUGAUGAAGGCAGGGUAUGCUUGGAUAAUGACUGAUGGGAUGACCAACAGGUUUAGUUCCAUAAAUUCCUCUGGCGUAGAAAAUAUGCAAGGGGUUUUGGGUAUAAAAACUUAUUACCCGAAUUCAAAAGGGCUUGAGAGUUUUCGAGUUAGAUGGAAGGGGAAAUUUCAACAAGACAAUCCAACUGUCCAGGAUGUUAAACUGGAUGUGUUCGGAUUGUGGGCGUAUGAUGCUGCUUGGGCACUGGCCAUGGCUGCUGAGAAAGUUGGGGCUAAAAACUUCAGCUUCGGAAAGAAGAAUACUUCUGGAAACUCUAGUAAUACUGAUCUAGAAAGAUUUGGGGUCUCACAAAAUGGUCCUCAGCUUGUCAAAGAACUAUCAGGUACAAAUUUUAAAGGCCUUUCAGGAGAUUUCAAUCUUUUCAAUGGCCAAUUACAAUCAUCAACUUUUGAGAUCGUUAAUGUGAUUGGAAGUGGGGAAAAACCGAUUGGAUUUUGGACACCCCGAGAUGGUCUUCAAAGAAACUUAAAUUUGAAAAAAACAAGCAAAUAUUCUACUUCCAAUGCAAGUCUUGGAUCUAUUAUAUGGCCUGGAGACACCACAUCUGCUCCAAAGGGUUGGCAGAUUCCUACACCUGACACUAAGCUGCGAAUUCUAGUCCCGGUCAAGCAAGGGUUUUCGGAAUUUGUAAAUGUCACACAUGAUCCUAGAACCAACACAACCACGGUCAAUGGUGGAUAUUGCAUAAGCAUCUUCGAAUCUGUAAUAAAAUUGCUACCCUACGCUGUUCCUUAUGAGCUUAUUCCCUAUGCAAGGCCUAAUGGUUCGGCUGCUGGCAAUUACAAUGACUUGGUCAAUGAAGUGUAUCUCAAGAACUAUGACGCGGCAGUGGGGGAUAUCACCAUUAGAGCAAACAGAUCCUUAUAUGUAGACUUCACGUUGCCGUACACAGAAUCUGGUGUGUCCAUGAUUGUGCCUAUCAAAGACAACAAAAACAAGAAUGCUUGGGUGUUCUUGAAGCCCUUGACAUGGAACCUUUGGGUAACGAGCGGUUGUUUUUUCAUAUUCAUUGGUUUCGUUGUUUGGGUUCUUGAACAUCGGAUCAACGAAGACUUUCGGGGGCCUCCACAUCACCAAAUCGGUACAGGUUUUUGGUUCUCGUUCUCAACCAUGGUUUUCACACACAGGGAGCGAGUAGUGAGCAACUUGGCUCGAUUCGUGGUGAUAAUCUGGUGCUUUGUGGUCCUCGUCCUGACCCAAAGUUACACUGCAAGUUUGACAUCUCUGUUAACAGUUCAACAGGUCCAACCAACUGUUACUGAUGUUAACUUGCUCCUCAAGAAUAGGGACUCUGUUGCCUACAUAUCAGGUUCUUUCGUUCUUGGGAUUCUGAAACAACUAGGCUUUCCAGAUGACAGACUUGUGACCUAUGAUACCCCUGAAGAGUUGCAUAAGCUUUUUCAAAACGGGAGUAAUAAACAUGGCAUCUCGGCAGCUUUCGACGAGACACCCUAUAUGAAACUAUUUCUUGCAAAGUAUUGCUCAAAAUACACCUUGGUUGAGCCGACAUUUAAAGCUGAUGGUUUUGCCUUUGUCUUCCCGAAUGGUUCGCCUCUUGCUCGUGACGUUUCGAGGGCAAUCCUAAACGUGACCGAGGGAUACAAAAUGAAAGAGAUUGAGAAGAUGUUGUUCAACAAUCAGUCAAGUUGUGCAGACCCUAACAGCGUUGUCUCUCCCAACAGUCUCAGCAUCGAGAGCUUUUGGGGCCUCUUUCUCAUAGCCGGUGUUGCUUCAACAUUAGCUCUGCUCAUAUUUGCUGCCAUGUUCUUGUACGAACACAAGGGCAUCUUCUCGCAACUCGAUCCAGAAGCCUCAUUGUGGAGAAAAUUUUGUGUCAUGCUAAGAAUUUACGACAAAAAGAACUUAAAUUCGUUUACUUUUAAGAAGGGUGAACUGAAAGGUAACACCAUCUUCCCGCCAAGUCCAUCUGUCUACUCAAACGACACUGAAUCGCGCAAUGUUUUCGAGGAACAGAUAGGAACACCGUCUACUGAGCAUGGUGGUUUCAGUCACAGUGAUUGUUCGCCAACUGGAAGAGAGAUGGAAUCAGCCAUUGAAAUUACUGAGAGGCCAAGACCUUACGAGAUUGCCUGAUAGGAUUUUUACCAUUUGUAAAAGUAUGAAUAAAAAUAUUUUAAAAUACUUGCAAGACAAUAAAGUAGUUGUAAUAAAAAUGCUUAUGCAAGGUUGUUAAUUUCCACGAA